CCCAAAUAGAAUUUGCCUCUCCCAGAAGAAAAUGACAGCGUGACGUUUUAGCACCAGCCGUAGCAGGAGCUAGCUGCCCGUGUCCCCAUGGAUGACCUGGCCCAAGCCCUCUCAGCCAGCUUUGCUGUGUCCAAGGAGCUCAACAGUACAGCCGCCCCCCACCCUCGGCUGGCUCAGUACAAGAGCAAGUACAGUGUGCUGGAGCAGAGUGAGCGGCGCCGGAGAUUUCUGGACCUGCAGAAAACUAAAAGGUUAAACUAUGUCAACCAUGCACGGCGCCUGGCUGAUGGGGACUGGACAGGGGGAGACAGCGAUGGAGAGGAGGACAUGGAAAAGCAGGAGGAAGGGGAACAGGGACAAGAUGGCAACACAGAAGAGGAGGGGAUGGAAAUUGAGAAGAGGAAGCUGCCAAAGCAUUAUGCAAACCAGCUCAUGCUGUCAGAGUGGCUGGUGGAUGUACCAUCAGAACUGGACACUGACUGGCUGAUGGUGGUCUGUCCUGUGGGGAAAAGAUCCCUAAUUGUUGCCUCCAAGGGUUCCACUGCAGCGUACACUAAAAGUGGCUAUUGUGUGAACCGUUUCCCCUCCCUGCUUCCCGGUGGGAAUAGACACAACUCUGCAAUGGGAAAAGACUACACAAUCUUGGACUGCAUUUACAGCGAGGUGGACAGAACAUACUACAUCCUGGAUGUCAUGUGUUGGAGAGGUCACCCAGUUUACGACUGCCCGACAGAGUUUCGUUUCUUCUGGCUUCAGUCUAAGGUUCAGGAGACGGAGGGCCUCUCAGAGAUUGCCAAACGAAACCCUUUCCGGUUUGUGAGUCUUCAGAGCGCAAACUGCACAGCAGAGUCCAUUCAGAAAGCUUUGACAGCAGAGUACAGCUUCAGUGUGGAUGGGCUCCUCUUCUACCACCAGCAGACCCACUACACCCCCGGCAGCACCCCUCUGGUAGGCUGGCUUCGCCCUUACAUGGUCACAGACAUCCUGGGCAUAGAGGUUCCUCCAGGACCCCUCACCACUAAGCCGGACUAUGCCAGCCACCAGCUGCAGCAGAUCCUGGAACACAAGAAACCAUCGAGUGAAAUCCGACCGGCUAACAGAAGUGGAGGCUACGAGUUGGAGUACCUAUCCACGCCAAGCCAGGACAGCGGGGAUACUUUGAACUUUUUAAAUCAGAAGCCAAUAAGGGAAGCACACAUGGAAAUCUGAUGGAGACACCUAACGAGAUGGAAACGCUCCUGUAGUGUUUCUGCAGGGUGGCGGCUCACAUGUGGCUUCUUAGAAUAAAUCGAACUAGUUGCAAAGCAUGGCUCAUUUUAAUCUGGCAUUAUCAAUGCCAUGAAUUAAUAGAGCGAUGCUGUACACUGACAUUUACAUGUCGCAGAAGUUUGAAACAACUGACGUCUUAAGUGUAAUUGCACAAUAUGUCACCACUAUAGUUCCAGUUUAACAGUGUAAGCAUUGUUCCUAACAUCAAAGGUAGCCAGAACAUGACUACAGUGGAUGAGAGGUGAGACAAAAAGUGCAGCCACGAGAAGUUUGUGGGCAGGUUAUAUCUUGCUGCUCUGCACUUUUUGCAGUUUGGAGGGAUCUUGCAUAAAAGUCAUCCUGUCUUUGCUGUUAUUUUCUUUUAGGUUUUGCAGCUGUUGUUAAUGCUUACUCACCAAAAGAAGCAGCAGUUUUAGCAGGUCAUUAGUUUCAGCAUCAGUAACAAGCUUGCAGGUGGAUCACUCAUUUCUUUUGGUGGUGGUUUAUCAUAGACUAGUCAGAUAUGGACUUUUGUAAUUCAAUGGUAAAUUUCAUUCACAAAUGUUUUUAGGUGUGACUUUCUAAAUAAAUGUUUUUUACAGACA